UCAGGAUAUGAAGUCCCUGGUCCAGCGCCGCAGCCAUGACGGUGACCUUGUGUAAACCGUGGAUCUAGAACCCAGCAGAACCCCUGAGGCAGGUUAAUGAUUACCGGAGCUCCGCUUAUUUCCAGCCGGGCCUGCGGCGAGAUGUCAGACUGACGGGAGCAGCCAUGUCCGGACACCGGGUGUGUGUCUCCGAUUACGAGGAGGAGGCCAGGAGGGUUCUCCCUAAAGCUGUGUAUGACUACUACCGCUCAGGAGCCGACGGCCAGAACACACUGGCCGACAACGUGGCCGCCUUCAACAGGUGGUACCUUGUCCCCCGGGUGCUGAGGGACGUGUCUGUUGUGGACAUGUCCACCUCUGUGCUGGGCCACAAGCUCAGCAUGCCCCUCUGUGUUGGAUCCACAGCGAUGCAGAGAAUGGCUCAUCCUGCAGGCGAGACGGCGACGGCUAGAGCAUGCAAAGCAGUAGGAACAGGGAUGAUGCUGAGCUCCUGGGCCACUUCCAGCAUAGAGGAAGUGAUGUCAGCAAUGACAUCCUCUCCAGGCAGCGGCGGGGUCCUCUGGAUGCAGCUUUACAUCUACAAAGACCGGGAGCUCACUCUGUCACUGGUGCGCCGGGCGGAGAAGGCUGGAUACAAGGCCCUCUUUGUUACCGUGGAUACGCCCUACCUGGGCAAGAGGUUGGAUGAUGUGCGCAAUCGCUUUAAAAUGCCCCCACAUUUACGAAUGUCUAACUUCUCCUCAGCCUCUCUGUCCUUCUCUGAGGAUGACUAUGGUAAAGACAGCGGUUUGGCUGUUUACGUUGCGAACGCGAUCGAGCCGGCUCUCAGCUGGGACGACAUCACCUGGCUGAAGAAAAACUCACGGCUUCCUGUGAUUGUAAAAGGCGUUCUGAGCGGUCAAGAUGCUGUCCAGGCUGUGAACUAUGGAGUCAGUGGCAUCCUGGUGUCCAACCAUGGAGCUCGACAACUCGAUGGUGUUCCUGCAACGCUGGAUGUGCUGGAAGAAGUGGUGAAGGCUGUACAGGGUCGUUGUGAAGUCUUCAUGGAUGGAGGAGUGAGACGAGGGACGGAUGUCCUCAAGGCUUUAGCUCUGGGAGCAAAGGCUGUCUUCAUCGGUCGUCCAGUUCUGUGGGGACUUGCCUGUCAGGGAGAAGAAGGAGUCACUGAGCUACUGGAACUUCUAAAAGAGGAGCUUCGACUGGCUUUGGCUCUGUCAGGUUGCCGCUCUGUAUCCGAGGUGAGCCGGUCCUUGGUGAGGAGAGCGGACUUCACUUCCAGGAUGUGAGAGAAGAAUCCCAGGAUAACGGCUCACCCAGCAUGUCUGAUGCCUCGUUAGUUGGCUUUUCUUGUGCCUCCAGUCGAUUGGCAAACUAUACAUAGAAAUCAUCAAAUAAAAUGUGACUGACUGUUGGGUCUGAUAGGUUGGUACAGUGAGGAGAGAAACAUGUGGCAUUAACAGAAAGGUUGUGACCUUUGCAGAUCUACUGUGGAUGUUUUCUAACUUACCCACCGUCACCUAUGAAAUAAAUAUGACCACUAGUAAAA